AUGAUAUUUCAACUUGAAAGAACGAAAUUACAGGUGUUAUGCGCCCUUAUAUGGUGUAUUGUUUCUGCUGGCCCAGUUUUCGGCUUUGCUGCUUUAAAGCCAGUGUUGAUUGCCCAAGGGGUGUACCAUGAGAAAUGUCAACAAGAAACUCUAUUUUCUGGGAGCUCCCCGUGUGCCAACCAAGAUUUAUCGUUAAACUAUUUGUUCACUUUAUCCGCGGUGGUUACCAACGGGGCCUCAUUGAUCGUGGGUGCCAUUUUGGAUAAAUAUGGGCCAAAAGUGUCUGGGAUAAUCGGGGCAAUCUUAUUAUUCAUUGCCUCGUUAGUCAUGUCCAAUGGUUACUGGUUGAUGGAGUAUUUCGAUGCCUACUUGAUUGGCUAUUCGAUUUUGGCACUCGGUGGGCCAUUUGUGUUCAUUUCGUGCUUCCAUUUAGCUAAUGCUUUCCCAAAAAAUUCGGGGCUUGUUUUGGCGUUGCUAACUGGGGCAUUUGAUAGUUCAUCGGCAUUAUUCUUGAUUUACAGAUUCAUUUUUUUCUCCAACCUUGGAGAGAAAUUCAACCUUUCUUUGAAAACUUUCUUCUCAUUCUACAUGAUUGUUCCCGUCUAUAUCUUAUUGUGUCAAACUUUCAUCUUACCAAGUGAGAGCUAUUCAUCAUCACCGAUGCAAAAAUUAGACAAUGACGAAAUCGCAGACAUAGAUGAGGAAUCCGCCCUUAUUGAUGCCCCAGUUGCCGAUUGUAUCGAUGAAUAUUUACCAAUUCAAAUUCCAAGCAAUGGACCAUCUGAUCUUUUGAACACCAUCAACGAAAGUUUGUCAAGAUCUUUGCAAUCCCCAAGCCAGAACAUCUUGACUGACCAAUAUGCUCAUUCAAGAUCCAACUCUUUCAAUCAACGGGUUAUUAGCUCAAGAUCUUCGUUUGCUAGAGAGAAUAAUUUGCUUUUAAAUGCCAAUAACCAAUUAGUCAAUGACGCGGUGUUCCUUGAGGAAUCUGACCAAGCCACUAAAAACCAAGUCGCCGAUAUUCACAAAACUAUCAAUCAGGCCAUCAGUUCAGAAAUCCAGAAAAAUAGCAACCAUAAUUUAGAUAAUUCGCUUGCCAGUAGCGUGAUCUUGGAUAGUGUAUCUAUUAUUGAACAGACUAAAGCUGACGAAGAAAUGGCGUACGAAUCUGGUAUUGAUGGAACUUUGCACGGGGCUUCUCUCAAGGAACAGGUGGGCAGUAUUUGGUUCUUGUUGAUGGCGUUAUUCACCUCGAUUCAAAUGUUGAGAAUCAACUAUUUUGUGGCGACCGUUAGAUCUCAAGAGGAGUUUUUAUUGGGUGAUCCUCUUGCCGCUAAGAAAGUCAACGAAUUUUUUGAUCUUGCGUUACCUAUAGGUGGACUUUUAUCCAUUCCGUUCAUUGGAACCUUGUUAGAUAAUUUCAGAACCGUGACGAUUCUCAGUAUUUUACUCGGUGUUUCCUUGAUCAUUGGAAUAAUGGGAAUGAUUCCUAAUGCGACUGCAAACUACAUUGGAAUCAUGUUUAUGGUCCUUUACCGACCAUUUUAUUACACUGCAGUUAGUGAUUAUUGUGCUAAAGUAUUUGGUUUCACCACCUUUGGUACCAUCUACGGGGCAAUUAUUUGUAUUAGUGGGUUAUUCAAUUUCGUGCAAACUGGCUUAGACAACCUUACUCACAUUACAUUUGGUAUGAAUCCUAUUCCAGUGAACUUACUUCUCACAUCUUUGACUGCCAUUAUUGGGGGAGUUUUGAUUAUCUUUGUCAAGAAUCAUAAGAAACCAAAGAAGAAUGUUCUCAUUCAAAGCGAUCAAUCAAAUUAUGGCAGUAUUGAACAGUAA